CUUUCCAUCUCACAAAACCCAUACAACCGAUCCCAGCCACGACAUCCUGCCGCCACCUCUGGAUACAUACAAACACACCUACAAGAGCUGGGAAAUAUAAUACAACGACAAGAUGGCGGUAAACCGACUCCGCAGUGCGUUGGCGGUGCCUCGCAAGGGCGAGACCUAUGAGCUUCGCGCCGGUCUGGUGUCGCAAUAUGCCUAUGAGCGCAAGGAGUCUAUCCAGAAGACCAUCAUGGCCAUGACACUAGGAAAGGAUGUGUCAGCACUGUUCCCCGAUGUGCUCAAGAACAUUGCGACGGGCGAUCUGGACCAGAAGAAGCUCGUCUACCUAUACCUUAUGAACUACGCCAAAAGUCAUCCCGACCUCUGUAUCCUGGCCGUCAACACUUUCGUCCAGGACUCAGAAGAUCCGAACCCUCUAGUCAGAGCACUGGCUAUCCGCACUAUGGGAUGUAUUCGAGUUGAUAAGAUGGUCGAUUACAUGGAGGAGCCGUUACGGAAGACACUGAGAGAUGAAAGUCCAUAUGUGCGCAAGACUGCUGCUUUGUGUGUGGCCAAGUUGUUCGACCUCAACCCGUCUAUGUGCCUGGAGAACGGUUUCUUGGAGACAUUGCAGGAGAUGAUUAGUGAUUCCAACCCUAUGGUUGUCGCCAACUGUGUCACCGCUCUGGCUGAGAUUGGAGAGGCUGCCCCAGAGACCAACGCUUUGAUUGUGACACCCCAGACACUCAAGAAGCUGCUACUCGCUCUGAACGAAUGUACCGAGUGGGGUCGCAUCACCAUUCUGUCCACCUUGGCCGACUACAAGCCCACCGAGCAGAAGGAGGCCGAGCACAUUUGCGAGCGUGUCGUACCUCAGUUCCAGCAUGCCAACCCUAGUGUUGUUCUGGCUGCUGUCAAGGCUGUCUUCCUGCACAUGCAAAACAUCAACCCCGAGCUCGGCAGGACCUACGCUAAGAAGAUGGCUCCUCCCCUUGUCACACUCGUCUCUUCCCAGCCCGAAGUUCAAUACGUCGCUCUCCGUAACAUCGACCUCCUGCUCCAAAAACAGCCAUCCCUCUUGUCCAAGGAGAUGCGCGUCUUCUUCUGCAAAUACAACGAUCCGCCGUACCUCAAGUUCCAAAAGCUCCAGAUCAUGGUCCGCAUCGCCAACGACUCAAACGUGGAGCAACUACUGGCCGAAUUGAAAGAGUAUGCUAUGGAAGUCGACAUGGACUUUGUCCGAAGAGCCAUCAAGGCUAUUGGUCAAGUCGCUAUCAAAAUUGAGAACGCUUGCGAGAAGGCCGUCAAUGUUCUGCUUGAACUUAUCAACACCAAGCAAGCAUACGUCGUACAAGAGGUUGUUGUUGUUAUCAAGGACAUCUUCAGAAAGUACCCUGGGUAUGAGGGCAUCAUCCCUACCUUGUGUCAAUGCAUCGAUGAUCUGGAUGAGCCUACUGCAAGAGGUGCUCUCAUCUGGAUCGUCGGCGAGUACGCCGAGAAGAUCAGCAAUGCUGGCGACAUUCUUUCCGGCUUUGUUGAUGGUUUCGCAGAAGAGUUUACUCAGACACAACUACAAAUCUUGACUGCUGUGGUUAAGCUCUUCUUGAAGAAACCAGAUCAAGCUCAAGGACUGGUGCAGAAGGUCCUCCAGACCGCAACAGCAGAGUGUGACAACCCUGAUAUCCGCGACAGAGCAUAUGUCUACUGGCGACUCUUGUCGAGUGACCCUCAAAUCGCAAAGAACAUUGUCCUCGCACAAAGGCCGGCCAUCACAUCGACAAUCUCCACUCUCCCGAUACCGCUGCUCGACUCGCUCAUGCCCGACCUUUCAACCCUCGCCUCAGUCUAUCACAAGCCGCCACAGACCUUCCUCGGCCAAGGUCGCUCCUCAGCGAAUGCUUUGCAGCAAGCCGCUAUCGAAGAGGCUGCUCAAAAUGCACGCGAGAACCCAUUGGCCGCUGCAGCUGCAGCUGCCGCCGUCUCAGGACAAGGCAGCACCGUUCAAAGCCACGCCGAAAACCUGCUCGACAUCGACUUCGACGGCGCGGCACCUGCAAGUCUACAAAAGGCGCCUAUGGGUGGAUCAUCAGGUCUCGAAGGCCUUGCAGGUACACCCAUGCGUGUUGCUAGCCCGACAACCAACGAUGCGCCAAUUGGCGGCGGCAUGGAAGAUCUCAUGGGCAUCUUCGGCUCGUCCGGUGGCGCCCCUGCCGCAUCAGCUACAGGCAACUCUGGCUCUGAUGACUUGAUGAACGGAUUCGCAAGCAUGAACAUGGAGGCUUCACAGCCGCCGCCACCUCAGACACAGCUGGAUGGAGGCGGAAAGAAAGCCAAUGAAGAUAUCCUCGGCUUGUUCUAGAGCUGCAGAUCCGAAUGUUGUUUAAUUAGUUUCCAUUGUGCUUUUAGCGAAAAUUGUUGCGUCCUUAUAGACCACACAUAUUGAAACAAAUGUUGUCUCUCGC